AUGUCGGAAUUGUCAAACAACCACUUGUUUCACAUGAUGAAACAAUAUGAACCAGUGAAAGUGAUUAUUGUUGAAUUUUCAAAUUGUUCUUUUCGUCAUCAUGAACAAGAUGAUUCAGACAAAUCUUCCGAUCACACUCGGAGAUUAGCAUUUCUACUGAAAAAGAAAUUCACACUACAACAAGUUGGUAAGAAGAAAUGGCUAUUGAAUCGGGAAUUGGAAUAUAUAGAUUUCUUUCCAGUGGAGUUUAUGAAUGACAAACAAUUUGUGUUGGAUUACAUUCAAAAGUAUGGUCGUGGGUUGAAUCAAGCACAUUUACAGAUCCGUAACGACAAAGAAGUUGUAUUGGCAGCUCUAAAGCAAGAUGAACUUACAUUAACCUAUGCUUCAUACGAGCUUCAACAUGACAAGGAAUUUAUUUUGAAAGCAGUUCGACAAAGUCCAAAAUGUCUUUGGCAUGUUCUUUCUUCAUUCAUGACUGACAAGGAAUUCGUACUUGAAGCAAUCAAACAAAACAACAAAGCACUUAAAUACAUUCCAAUGCAAUUACUUGGUGAAGAUUAUGAAUUCAGGUCGAAAGUUCUCAAAAUAAUAUUUCCAGAAUUAGAAUCUAUUGAUUAUUCAAACAAAGAAGUCGUGAAGAAACUUGUUAAAGAAUUUGGAUGUUUUCUUCAAUUUGCAUCUGAUGAACUAAAGAAUGAUCGAGACAUUGUUUUAAAUGCAAUUAGAAAUGAUGGUCUCUCCAUUCAAUAUGCUUCUGAUGAGUUAAAGAACGACAAAGAAAUUGCUUAUCUGGCUGUGAAACAAGAUGGCUAUGCAUUGGAAUUUGUUUCUGAAGAAUUGAGAGCAAAUAAGGAGAUUGUAAUGGCUGCUCUUCAUUGUGGAUCUGCACUUGCAUUUGCGUCCAAUGAGCUGAAAAAAGAUCGACAAGUUGUACUGACAGCUCUCAGACAGAAAGAUGGGAAUGUUCUUCAUUAUGCCGAUCAGUCAUUGAGAAGAGAUCAAGAAAUUGCAUUUGAAUCGAUCAAACAUCACAGCUAUUCCGUUUAUUUCGUCUCUAGAGAGCUCUUACGUGACAAACAAUUCGCGUUAGGAGCGAUCAAGCUUGGAGGUAGAGAUGUCUUAAAACGUGCGUCAAGAUUUGUUCAUGAUAGAGAGUUUGUAUUAAAGGCUAUCAGUCAUAAUUGUCUUGGUGUAGUAGGAUCCUAUGAUUCUUACUUUAAUUCUGACAAGGAAAUCAUGUUGGCAUCAGUGAAACACAAUGGCUUUGCAUUACAGUUUGCUAAUGAAGAACUGCGACGAGAUCCUGAACUUGUGAAGGAAGCUCUUCAAUGCAAUGGUUAUGUGUUGGAGUAUAGUGAGAAAUUGUAUCAAGAAAGAAUGGAACAAUGUUAUUAUGGUACUUAUUUGGGAAGAACAACUCUUGAACGUUGA